ACGAGUGAGGAAAGGAGGGGGCUGGAAGAGAGUAAAGGGCUGUUGUUAAACAGUUUCUUACCGUAAGAGGGAGUUCAGACCUAGAUCUUUCCAGUUAAUCACACAACAAACUUAGCUCAUCGCAAUAAAAAGCAGCUCAGAGCCGACUGGCUCUUUUAGGCACUGACUCCGGACAGGAUUCUUUCACCCAGGCAUCUCCUCCAGUGGGAUCCGCCAGCCGGUCCAGCAGCACCAUGUGGGUGACCAAACUCCUGCCAGCCCUGCUGCUGCAGCAUGUCCUCCUGCAUCUCCUCCUGCUCCCCAUCGCCAUCCCCUAUGCAGAGGGACAUAAGAAAAGAAGAAAUACAAUUCAUGAAUUUAAAAAGUCAGCAAAGACUACCCUAAUCAAAAUAGACCCAUCACUGAAGAUAAAAACCAAAAAAGUGAAUACUGCAGACGAAUGUGCUAAUAGAUGUACUAGGAAUAGAGGACUUCCAUUCACUUGCAAGGCUUUUGUUUUUGACAAAGCAAGAAAACGAUGCCUCUGGUUUCCCUUCAAUAGCAUGUCAAAUGGAGUGAGAAAAGAAUCUGGCCAUGAAUUUGACCUCUAUGAAAACAAAGACUACAUUAGAAACUGCAUCAUUGGUAAAGGAGGAAGCUACAAGGGAACAAUAUCUAUCACUAAAAGUGGCAUCAAAUGUCAGCCCUGGAGUUCCAUGGUACCACACGAACACAGCUUUUUGCCUUCGAGCUAUCGGGGUAAAGACCUACAGGAAAACUACUGUCGAAAUCCUCAAGGGGAAGAAGGGGGACCCUGGUGUUUCACAAGCAAUCCAGAGGUACGCUACGAAGAAUGUGACAUUCCUCAGUGUUCAGAAGUUGAAUGCUUGAUCUGCAACGGGGAAAAUUAUCGAGGUCUCAUGGAUCACACAGAAUCAGGCAAGAUUUGUCAGCGCUGGGAUCAUCAGACACCACACCGGCACAAAUUCUUGCCUGAAAGAUAUCCCGACAAGGGCUUUGAUGAUAAUUAUUGCCGCAAUCCCGAUGGCAAGCCGAGGCCAUGGUGCUAUACUCUUGACCCUCACACCCGCUGGGAGUACUGUGCAAUUAAAACAUGUGCUGACAGUACUAUGAAUCACACUAAUGUUCCUAUGGAAACAACUGAAUGCAUACAAGGUCAAGGAGAAGGCUACAGGGGCACUGUCAAUACCAUUUGGAAUGGAAUUCCAUGUCAGCGUUGGGAUUCUCAGUAUCCUCACCAGCAUGACAUGACUCCUGAAAAUUAUAAGUGCAAAGACCUACGAGAAAAUUACUGUCGAAAUCCAGAUGGAUCUGAAUCACCCUGGUGUUUCACCACUGAUCCAAACAUCCGAAUUGGCUACUGCUCCCAAAUUCCAAACUGUGACAUAUCAAAUGGACAAGAUUGUUAUCGUGGAAAUGGCAAAAAUUAUAUGGGCAAUUUAUCCAAAACAAGAUCUGGACUAACAUGUUCAAUGUGGGACAAGAACAUGGAAGACUUACACCGUCAUAUCUUCUGGGAACCAGAUGCAAGUAAGCUGAAUGAGAAUUACUGCCGGAAUCCAGAUGAUGAUGCUCACGGACCCUGGUGCUACACAGGAAAUCUACUCAUUCCUUGGGAUUAUUGCCCCAUUUCUCGUUGUGAAGGUGAUACCACACCUACAAUAGUCAAUUUAGAUCAUCCUGUAAUAUCUUGUGCCAAAACGAAACAAUUGAGAGUUGUAAAUGGGAUUCCAACACGAACAAAUGUAGGAUGGAUGGUUAGUUUGAAAUACAGAAAUAAACAUAUCUGCGGAGGAUCACUGAUAAAGGAAAGUUGGGUUCUUACUGCACGACAGUGUUUCCCUUCUCGAGACUUGAAAGAUUAUGAAGCUUGGCUUGGAAUUCAUGAUGUCCAUGGAAGAGGAGAUGAGAAACGCAAACAGGUUCUAAAUGUUUCCCAGCUGGUAUAUGGCCCUGAAGGAUCAGAUCUGGUUUUACUGAAGCUUGCCAGGCCUGCUGUCCUGGAUGAUUUUGUCAGUACAAUUGAUUUACCUAAUUAUGGCUGCACAAUUCCUGAAAAGACCUCUUGCAGUGUUUAUGGCUGGGGCUACACUGGAUUGAUCAACUAUAACGGUCUAUUACGAGUGGCACAUCUCUAUAUAGUGGGAAAUGAGAAAUGCAACCAGUAUCAUCAAGGGAAGGUGAUUCUAAAUGAGUCUGAAAUAUGUGCAGGGGUUGAAAACAUUGGAUCCGGACCAUGUGAGGGGGACUAUGGUGGCCCACUUGUUUGUGAACAACAUAAAAUGAGAAUGGUUCUUGGUGUCAUUGUUCCUGGUCGUGGAUGUGCCAUUCUAAAUCGUCCUGGUAUUUUUGUCCGAGUAGCAUAUUAUGCAAAAUGGAUACACAAAAUUAUUUUAACAUAUAAGGUACCACAGUCAUAGCUGAAGUAAGUGUGUCUGAAGCACCCAUCAAUACAACUGUCUCCUACAUGAAGAUUUCAGAGAAUGUGGAGUUUAAAAUGUCACUUACAACAAUUCUAAGACAACUACUGGAGAGUUAUGUUUGUUAAAAUUCUCAUUAAUGUUUAUGGGUGUUUUCUGUUGUUAUGUUUGUGUUAUUUUGUCAAUGUUGAAGUGAAUUAAGGUACAUGCAAGAGUAGUAACAUAUCUCCUGAAGAUACUUGAAUGGAUUAAAAAAAGACACAGGUAUAAUUGUUGGAUGAUAAAGAUUUAAUGGGAAAAAAUUCAAUCUCUCUAUGCUGCUUACUGAGGUUGGUUUCUUAAUAAGGAGCAAACCAUAAAUUAAACAUUAUUUUAACCUCACCAGAACAAUUUAUACCUUGUGUCCCUUAAUUGUAGCCCUAUAUUAAAUUAUAUUACGUUUCAUAUGCCACAUGUUAUAUUUCAUUCAUUUCUCCUCACCACGUAUCCUGUAAUACUGGUACACGAACACACUUUUUACAAAACCAAUAUCCAUGUAUGCAUGCCUAGGUACACAGGUGCAUGCACUACAGUUUAAAUUAUGGUGUACCUAAUGUAACUCCUAAAUAUUUUAGAAGUGUGUUCCUAUAGUUUACCUAUAAAAAAAAGAGAAAGAAAUCUCUAAAGACCAGUAGAAAUAUUAAACAAUGAUGCAAGAUCAAAAUGACUAGCUAAUUCUCCACACAUAAUCUCCAGAUGAUCUUCUUUGGUUGGCAUUUCAGGUGGGACCAUCCACCACAGAGUGAAAUACCACCUAUUCUAGGUGUUUGCAAGUAUUUAUUAUCCUAGUUAUUUCAAGUAGUUCGUAAUUCUUAAAGGAAAGAGGGUCAUAGUUCUAUUUGUGUUGUUUCCUCCAAACUUAUGGCCAUAUAUUUACAUAAGAUAUUUGUAGAUCUAUUUUCCUAAAGCAUUUCUUAAAUGCCCAGAUCUAAUUGAAGAAGUUUAAAACUGUUUAGUCAUUAAAAAUGUACUUAAAUAGGUUAAUUCUAAGACUUGCUGCUGUGAUUGGCUUCUAGCUCACUGCCUUUAAUUUUUAAAAAAAUUUAAGAGAAAAACUUCCAUGUCUCCAAAGUUUUAUAAAUAGCCUUCAUCAAGUCAUGCAUUAAAGUAUAUAUUGUAGAAAAACAUAUUUCUUAACCUGGAAGAUUUUAGCCUAACAAAGCUUGUUUGAAGUAACAGAAAACUUCUAAAAGGAAAGAAACUAGUUUGUUUAAACUCUAUUUAUUUAUUUUUUGAAGUAUAGUUGAAUCUGUUGAAUCAGAUAUUUUAUCAAGAUAUCUUCAUUUUUUCAUUUCAUUUUACAAAGAUCUUUCCUAAUGCGAUAUGUAAUGGUCAUUUAAAUUUUCUGCAUAACAGCUAAAUUAUCAUAUUUCUUAUUGUAUUUGUCAUGCUUAGCUAAAGAUCAUGUAUUUGUUGAGAAAGAGAAUAACAAAAAGUCAUAGGAUAGGCUUUGAUGUUUUUGCAAAAAACUUCCUGUACAAAAUGCCUUUAAAAAUAAUUUUUUGAACGGUGUGAAACAGUAUUCCCAUUUCUCUGACUUAUUUUUCUUGAAUGAUUUUUAUCAAGGCCAACUCCCCAAACGAUUCCCUAACAGCUUUUUAGAACACUGGUCAAUCUGGACUAAAAUCGUUUUAAGUUUAUGGAGCACUCAGUCCACAAAACAUAGGGCAGCAAGUCCAGAAGUGCUUACAAAAGUCGUUUUAUUUUUUUCAUAAAAUAUGUGCUGGUAUCAAGAAACUUAAAGUGGAAGCAAAAAGACGUCCAACUAGUUGCUAGCCUCCAUCAUCUUAUCUUGUAUUUCUCUUUCCCUUAUAUAAUACAGCAUUAUAAUAAGAAUACUUAGAAAUGUCAAGAGCAUAUUGUCAAAAUAAAGAGUGUAUUUCACAGUUUCUUCUUGCUUAACCAGUGAAAUUUUAUUGUUGCCUAUAAUGAUAUUUAUACAACUUUUAUAAAAUUAUAAUACUAAAUUUCCUAAAAAUACCGAUAAAGAUUAGCUAGAUACAAGAUGAAGCUAAGUAUUUAGACAUUUUGAACCCAGUAUUUUUCAUUUUAUUAAAGGCUAAAAACAAUACCACCAAUAAAUCAUCAAACAAACUGUGGAAAGUAAUUCUCUCUUUGAGAGGCUCCUUUUGUGAUAGAGGGACAUGGGUGGAAUUGACAAUGAAAGUUAGAUGAACAAAGUGCAUGUUAUUUUAGGUGGUAGAAUGGGGUAGAGUCACGUCAUUAUUUGCUGGUGGAAGAUACUCUUUACUAGGUUUUCUUUGCUGAAUAAAUUAUUAAACAUUUUUAAAAAUUCAAUAAUCCAUUUUAUCUUGUGUCAUUGACAAAAGGAUGUUUUAAAUCAGAAGGUUUCAAUGCGAUUUCUGGUUUGGCUGAUUGAAUAAUGGUUAUGUACUGUUAUAAUUGUAGACAUUUUCUCAUGUCUAUCAGGAAUUGAAGUGUAAAACUAAAAUAUUUUUCAUAAUUCCUCUGCCGUGCAGAAGAAAUGAUAAUCCUUUUGUAUACUUCUAUAAUGUUAUUGUAAAAUGUGUAAUGACUUUUACCUAUUUGCUGUGGGCAGGUCCUCAGUAAUGUAUAUUGAGUCAAUUUCUAGUAUUAAUAGGCUUUUGCUUGCUAUCUAAGUGUUUCAAAUUAUGGGAAAUGUGAGAUACUGGAAGGCAAGAAAAUUAACAAUAAUGGCAUGUGAUAGCAAACCUGUAUUUCACUUAUUCCUGUGAAUAUUUCUUGUUGGUACCAAUGGUACUGUACAAAGUGAAUGUUGUAGCUAGAACAUUCUCUUUAAAAAAGAACACUGUCAAGAAGGGGGAAAUUGCUGUCAGUCAUUUCCUUGUUGUUUAUAAACUUUUUUAAAAUAAAUACUGGUUUUGCAAUAUAGAGAUAAUGAGGUACAGAAUGUUAAUAAGCUCUUAUACUAAAAAGCCUUAAAUUGAUUUACUAAGAUUCAAAAAAUACUAUUUUAAUUAAUGAUGUCCCAUAUAUAUAAACACAUUAAAAUAAUAAAAUUAAUUUUGGUAAAAGGACCUGGCCUUUGUUUUUUAAAUACACAAUUUUAAAACAAAUCACUUGUCAUGAUAAAGUCCAAAAAGAAGUUAUCUUUCAACAUUCAACUGAGUUUGGAACUAAGAAUUUAGUAAUAUUUAAAAAAGUUUAAAUUUUUUGGACCAUAUAAAUCUUGACAGUGUAACUUUUAAGUAGGUUCAUUUCCAUUUGCACAGAAAGUUUCUGUAUUUAGGAAACUGAAAAUGAAAUACUGUGGAUGUUUUGACUGUUUGUCUUGUAUGUAAAUAGGAAAUUGAUAAGCUGCCUAUUGAGUGGUACAGCUGGAUGCUUACCCAAAAAAGGGAACACUGUGGUUAUGACUUGUAUUAUAAACUUUCUGUAGUUAAUAAAGUUGUUAUUUUUAUAACCAUGAUUAUAUUAUUAUUAAUAAUAAAAUAUUUUGUCAAUG